AUGUAUUCUCUAGCACAAGACUCGUCAUCUUGGCUCGUUGGAGACGCUGAUACGGGCUGUUCGGAUAAAACUGUUCCGUAUCCCGAACGUGCCCGGCGACCAAGAGACUUACCGUCCCAUAUCAUCUCGACGGCGAGCAGCAGCGCGCGGCCGCAGAGCGCUGCGGCGUGCGCCACGCGGCGGAGCAUGGCGGCGCGGGGCGGCGGCGGCGGCGGCUGGCGCGAGUCCUCGGGCUGCGCAGAGUGGCGCGGAGCGCAGCCGGCCCCUGCGGCGGCGGCGGCGGCCACGUGGGCGGCGGCUGCUCCUGGGCGAAGGGCGAAGUGCACCGGGGCGCGCGCCAAGCGAGGCCGACGCGCCGGGACUCCGGUUGCGGAAGGGCUCCUUCAGGUCGACGCGACCGGCGCCCCCUGGGCGACGUCGUUGACCGCUGGCUCACAAGCGGGGGAGGGAGUUACUCGAUCGUUGGAGAAGAGAGAGGAUUUGAUGACUCUAUAG